AGGAUAUGGGCUACUGCCUGAAGUGGUGUGGCCGCCCUCAAUGGUGCUUAUCACCGAUCUAUGCCGCCGGUAGCUUCAACACGGAAGAACUGGUGGAAGAUCCACUGUUUUACCUUUUUGUGAAGCCGCCUAUGAGCUCAUUUGAGCUUUCUCCUGGCUAUGGUUCUCGCAGCGAGAUCCCUGCAGCACGCUGCUCCUAUGCUGGCCACGUGGGUCCCUGCUUCGAGCCAGGUCGUUGCAAGUCGCACCCCUUCCUCCCGCGCAGCCGAGCCUUCGUGUUUGCUGAUGAUCUUCAGCGACCGGCAGCGUGGUUGGAGAAUGUCAAAGACUCCUACAUGGCACAGCUUCUCACCCACUGGGCUGAGCCUAAUGCGGUCGAUGUGGUGCUGUUGCUUCCACGGCCCGAGCUGGCCCGUUUCCCCAUUAGCGCUGCAACGCGCCACGAGCUGCAACGACUCCACGUGCAGCUGCAGGAGGUGGGAUGGAUCCGCCCGGAACUUGGACGUGGCAUUCCCAAAUGGGUUCCUUGAAGCCUUGAGAACGCGCCGUGGAAAUCGUGUAUCGCGGGACUGGUCGAUCCAAACGGCUGUGGGAGGUUAUGACAUGACAGGAACCGAGACUGAAAGUUCGAGAAUCCCGGAGAUUUCUCUCAAAACAAAAAGGUGAUAGGCUAUAUGGAAAGAGUGGGAACGUUCCAAGGCUGGACUGGAGUCUGGCUUCAGCGUUCUGUCUUCCUCGUCGACGAGUCAGACAGUCGACGACUCGGCACCGCUGAGUCGAUGAUAUCGGGGGCUGAGUCGACGAACCGUUUGGGAUCCAAACAUUGUUGCUGCCCGUUGGGUCGCUAGCUUGCCGGUGUCGGGUGCCACGCUCUGUCCGCUCAACUCGAUCUACUGUUUUUACAUGAUCAACGUCGAACUCAUCACGCUAAUUGUACUCCCAGUGGGUGUUUAGCUUAGAUGCCUUCCACUGCGGGCAUGAAGUGAAUAUGAUGAGUUUUCCUGUACUCGGUUCUUGAAAAAGCACAGUCAUGCACAGUCUCUGAAGAGAUCGCUUUAAAGAAACGAUCGCAGGAGAGUGUUCAUUUCGCAACUGGGCUGGACUUUCUGCCAAUUUGAUGUACUUUGAGCUACCAAGACGGCUCCUGGGAAGAACAAACAUCAUUGGAGUUAAAUCCUCCGAAUGAGGCCCAGGAGUUCUGGUGUGUGGACCGAGACUUCUUCAAGCUUCACGUCAUGGGAUUGGACUAUGAGGCCGUGAUCUUCUACGAUAGCGAUGUGUUUGUGGAUCCGAAGACCUUCGAAGACUUGGAGCAGCUCUUCAACUGCGCGCGCCAGGGCUACUUCCUCGCCACUGCCUUGCACGGUGGCUUCGAAGCGCUCACCGUGGCCUUUUUUGCACUGAAACCGUCGGUGCAGUUGCUCCAGGCGGUGCAACGCUUCUUGUUGA